GCUGCUAAUGCUGCUGUUUUGUUGCUUCUGCUGUUACUGGGGCUGCUUUGUAAAAUAAUAUUGGCUCUGCCAGCUCAGAUGUGCAAUAGUCUAGAACUAGCACAGAGACAAUUCUGACUCCAGGUGCACUAUUGGCUCCAUAAGUUAAAAAACAUCUGGACUGUAAGUCUGUCAGCAGGAAGAGGUGUGGAUUUGGGGGUUGAGAGUGGAAGGGGGAGGAUUUCCAGCUUGGAUGUGUUUUGCUCCUUUUGCUUUGAAGCCUGAUGUCUCUCUGUUGCCACUGGUAGAGCAGGGAAGCUGUGGUGCCCCUCUGAGUAAGGCUCAGCUGCUUUCACUCUCUGUCACCAGAAGCACCGGAGCACUUCGGAAAGGAAUAGAAAAGCCAUGCCCGACAGCGUCACCCCCAACAGCAACAGAUUGAAUGGAAGUGCCAGUCACUUGGAUGCAACUCUAAUUACUUGCACAGAAACAGUGAGUUUCACUGAAGUGCUGGUGGAAGAGGAAUGGGGAUCCUUUUAUUAUUCCUUUAAGACAGAACAACUUGUGACCCUUUGGAUCCUUUUUGUUCUAACAGUUGUGGGGAACUCGAUUGUUCUGCUCUCCAUUUGGAAGAGGAAGAGGAAAUCCAGGAUGACUUUUUUUGUUACUCAACUAGCCAUAACAGAUUGCUUCACUGGCCUUAUAAAUAUAAUGACGGAUAUAAUUUGGCGCUUCACUGGGGAUUUCAUGGCUCCUGAUCUUGUCUGCCGAAUUGUUCGCUAUUUUCAGGUUGUACUGCUUUAUGCUUCCACCUAUGUUCUGGUAUCACUAAGCAUAGACCGAUAUCACGCCAUAGUUUAUCCAAUGAAAUUCUUUCAAGGAGAAAGGCAAGCGAAAAUUCUCAUUGUGAUUGCUUGGGGCCUCUCUUUCUUGUUUUCAAUUCCAACUCUCAUCAUAUUUGGGAAGCGGCAACUGUCCAAUGGGGAGGUGCAGUGUUGGGCUGUUUGGCCAGAUGAUUCUUACUGGAUCCCUUAUAUGACCACAGUCGCUUUCCUGGUGUAUUUCAUUCCUCUGAUCAUUAUCAGUGUCAUUUACUUCAUCGUGAUUCGAACAAUAUGGACUAAGAGUAAAGCCCAUGCUAUAAUUGUGUCCAACUGUUCUGAUGGCAAAUUCUGCACAAGCUAUACUCAUCGAGGACUCAUAUCAAAGGCAAAAAUCAAAGCUGUCAAGUACAGUGCGGUAAUAAUCCUUGCAUUUGUGCUCUGCUGGAGUCCUUACUUUCUCUUUGACAUCCUGGACAACUUCAGCAUCCUCCCAGAAACCAAAGAACGCUUCUAUGCAGCAGUAAUUAUUCAGAAUCUGCCAGCUCUAAACAGUGCCAUCAAUCCCAUCAUCUAUUGUAUCUUCAGUGACACCCUUUGCCAAGCUUUCAGAUCAAGAAGGCGGUCAGGAAAUCUGGGGACUUUCAGAGAGAGAACAGAAGGACAAGAGAUGCAGGUUCUAUCCAAGCCAGAAUAUAUUUAAAGAUUGUGUAUUACUACAAAGACCACAUUGAAUCUGCAGGGUGAAAUUCAAAAAUAUUUGGAUUGCCAUAAGCAGCAGUUCUAACUGGAGGUCAGCUGUUACCAACAGUGCUAUGGAUUUCGAAGAGGCAUGACUAGAGUGUAAAAGGGAGAAGCAUGCAAAGAGGAAGAGCAUCAAGAAAACCCUUGUUGGGAUCACCUUCCAUUUGGAAAUCUAUGUCCUCAUUGUGAAAGACCGUGGAGAUCUAGAAUAGGUCUCUACAGUCACUUAUGGACCCACCACCAGGACUUUCUCCUUGGAAGACAAUCAUACUCAGCCACAAGUGAUAGCCUAUUAGGAUGAUGGACUCAAAUAACAUGUACCACAUAUCCAUUAACUGUGAAUUCGCAUUCCUAAAAGUAAUAUGCAACUUACGUUGAUAUACACAUAGAAUAUGCACUGAACACCAGGAACACAGGGAAUAGGCAAAGAAGCUCACAAUGGGAUGGCCUGGGUCCGUGUCCUCAAUGGAAUUUCGUGUUAUGGAGGAAACAGUUUGCCAUGAAAGAUACCGUUUCUGGCAACAUCUCUAUGGCAUCAGUGAUGCUUAUGCUAUCUGCCAGUAUUCCUUUGCCACAAUUUCUCAGGGAAACCUUUUUCCUUGGCAUUCGUUCUCUAUCUUUAAAGCAACUGCCUUUAUCUUUGAUCCCUGCCAGGCAAGUUAUUUUAAUAUUACUGUGAAUUUCAUCUUGAUUUCAUUUGUGCCUUCUCUUAUUGUGUGAUAUGCUUGUAUAUGGUUUCAUCAAGUAUUAUUGUGCUUUUCAUAUUUGUAGCUGGAAUUCUUGUUUUCUUUUAUAAAGAGGCAUUUGCUGAA